AAUCAACUUGAAGUAACACAAACGUAAGUACUGUAUUCUUCUCAUUACGCGCUAUCUUACAAUUAUACAGGAAUCAGGAAAAUUCGUUGAUUUAAGCCAAUAUUUACAAAAAUUAAGAUCCAGCGAAAACAAAAAACAAAUUUUAUUAAUUGCACAAUAUUAAUAACUCUAACGUCUCAUUUUAGCACUCAACAUGUCGUUCAAAGGCAACACGAAAGUACAGAAGGUUAUGGUACAGCCCAUCAACUUAAUUUUCAGAUAUUUACAAAAUCGUUCGAGAGUUUGCGUCUGGAUCUUUGAAAAUAUUAAUUUAAGAAUAGAAGGAGCCAUCAUUGGAUUUGAUGAAUACAUGAAUCUUGUGCUGGAUGAUGCAGAAGAAUAUAAUGUAAAGACAGCAAACAAGCGAAAGAAUCUUGGCAGGAUAAUGCUUAAAGGUGACAAUAUCACGCUAAUUCAACAAGCAGGCGGUGGUAGCAAGUAA